CAGAGAAUGGCUGUCAGAGAGAAGAGUCUGAAAGAGAGGCUAGCAGUGUCCUACCGAGAUACUCUUUCAGUUUCAUGGAUGAGAUCAGCCGCGUGAGAAGGUCUUUGAGACUUAGAUGCAAAGCUUUCUCUGCAAGCAAACUAGGUGAAGCUUGAAUGCUCACUUGCAUAUUUAGUCUGUCCACUGACCAUCCACAUCCUCUAAAUCAUGCUGAGAAAUCACUGUUCCUUGCCCCCCACUGGUUUUUUGUGGCUACAUUUUUGGAUGUGAUGCAAUCUUGGAUAGUUAAAGGAAAAGGGUCUCCUUCGCAUGAAGCCAUUGAGUACCAUAAGCCCACUGAGAAAGUGAUUGCAGAUUGUGCUCAGUUUGUUGCAUCAAAAGCUGUGUGCAGAUCCUUCUUGCACUGCAUUUCCAGAUUGCCAAGUGAAGGGGACCAUCAUGUGACCAGCAGGCCAACACAUUGAGACACCUCUUCAAUUGGUAGAGAGCCAUUGCAUUCUUACCACAAUGCCUGAUAUUCGCUUCUGAAUCCAAGGAAUUCGUAAUUGUACAUGAACCACUUCUAUCCUAGGACUCUUCUGAGCCAGUGGAGAAACAGAAGAGAGGGACAGCCUUCAGAGGAGCAAUGGGACUUGAAUACCAUGGUCACUUGAGAUAAAUGGCAGAUCACUGGGUGUCUAGUCCUGUAGCUGCUUGCUUAACCUUCAUCCCUCUCUGCAGCCCACAUUUCUUCUCUGUGACCUGCCACUGGCUCUUCCAGUGGUGGCGGUGGAGACACCGAAGGCAGCUUGGUUGGUGCCAAGCUUAAGGAAGUGAUAAGCAACCCACCUCACCAUGAGUCAGUUGUGGAAAGUAGUGAGGCAUGUGCGACAGCUGGAGCUCCACAGAUUGAUUCUUCUGCUCAUUGCCUUCAGCCUGAUCUCCAUGUGCUUCCUAGCUUACUAUGUCACUAACAGCCCUAAAAUCAAGGAACCGCCCCCAUUGCCCUUCAGUGAUUGCAGCAACCAGCACAGGGUCCUCAUUCAGCCCCAAGCAAGCUGGAGGCUUACCAAAUCGGUGGAUAAUUCACGCACAGACCCUGUGGUACUAGUCUUUGUGGAAAGUAUCUACUCUCAGCUGGGACAGGAGAUUGUGGCUAUCUUGGAAUCUAGCCGAUUUAAAUAUAGAACAGAGAUUGCCCCUGGAAAAGGGGACAUGCCCACUCUAACAGACAAGGACCAUGGCCGCUAUGCUCUUAUUAUCUAUGAGAACAUCCUUAAAUAUGUGAAUCUGGAUACCUGGAAUAGGGAUCUGUUGGACAAAUACUGUGUGGAGUAUGGUGUAGGGAUCAUUGGUUUCUUCAAGGCAAAUGAAAACAGCUUGCUUAGUGCUCAGCUCAAGGGCUUUCCCCUCUUUCUACAUUCCAACCUGGGGUUGCGAGACUAUCAUAUCAACCCCAACGCACCACUGCUGUAUGUGACCCAAGCUAAUGAAGUUGAACAAGGUCCUCUCCCUGGUGAUGACUGGACAGUGUUCCAGUCAAAUCACACGACGUAUGAGCCUGUGUUGAUGGCCAGCACCAAAUCAUCAGAGUCAAUCCCUCACCUGACCACCCACAGGGCUCUGCAUGCUACAGUGGUGCAAGACUUGGGUCUGCAUGAUGGUAUUCAGCGAGUCCUUUUUGGUAAUAACCUCAAUUUCUGGCUGCACAAGCUCAUAUUUGUGGAUGCUAUUGCUUACCUGACUGGCAAACGUCUUUGUCUCACCCUUGACCGCUACAUCCUUGUGGACAUCGAUGAUAUCUUUGUGGGCAAAGAAGGCACACGCAUGAAGGUGUCGGAUGUGGAGGCUCUGCUGAACACUCAGAACAAAUUGAGGACUUUAGUCCCCAAUUUCACUUUCAACCUGGGAUUCUCUGGGAAAUUCUACCACACUGGUAUCGAUGAAGAAGAUGAAGGAGAUGACAUGCUGCUGAAGCACAAGAAGGAGUUCUGGUGGUUUCCUCACAUGUGGAGUCACAUGCAGCCACAUCUUUUUCACAAUGUUACUGUUUUGGCCGAGCAAAUGAAACUCAACAAGCAGUUUGCUUUGGAGCACGGGAUCCCCACAGACAUGGGCUAUGCAGUUGCUCCCCAUCACUCAGGUGUUUACCCUGUUCAUGCACAACUCUAUGAGGCAUGGAAAACUGUCUGGGGCAUUCAGGUGACCAGCACAGAAGAAUAUCCCCACCUUCGUCCUGCCCGGUACCGACGGGGAUUUAUCCACAAUGGGAUCAUGGUGUUGCCUCGACAGACUUGUGGUCUUUUCACUCACACCAUCUUCUAUAAUGAAUAUCCUGGUGGCUCGAAGGAGCUGGACAAAAGCAUUCGCGGUGGUGAACUCUUCCUGACAGUACUCCUAAACCCAAUCAGUAUCUUCAUGACACACUUAUCCAAUUAUGGGAAUGACCGUCUGGGACUUUACACUUUUGAAAGCCUGGUCAAGUUUGUGCAAUGCUGGACCAACCUUCGUCUUCAAACGCUUCCACCCAUCCAGUUGGCUAAAAAGUAUUUUGAAAUAUUUUCGGAGGAGAAGGAUCCUCUCUGGCAGAAUCCUUGUGAUGACAAACGGCAUAAAGACAUCUGGUCCAAAGAGAAAACAUGUGACCGGCUUCCCAAGUUCCUUAUUGUUGGUCCUCAAAAGACUGGCACGACAGCUGUACACUUCUUUUUGUCCAUGCACCCAGCUGUUACAAGUAACUUCCCAAGUCCUACCACCUAUGAGGAAAUCCAGUUCUUUAAUGGACCCAACUAUCACAAAGGGAUUGAUUGGUACAUGGAGUUCUUCCCUAUCCCUUCGAAUGCCAGCACAGACUUUAUGUUUGAGAAAAGUGCCAAUUAUUUUGACACCGAAGUAGUACCCAAGCGAAGUGCUGCUCUCCUUCCAAGGGCCAAAAUCAUUGCCAUUUUGAUUAAUCCGACCGACCGAGCUUACUCCUGGUAUCAGCAUCAGCGUGCCCACAGUGACCCUGUCGCCCUCAACUACACCUUCUACCAGAUCAUUUCUGCAGGACCCCAAGCCCCGUUAGAGCUGCACAGCCUACAGAACCGCUGCCUGAACCCUGGAUUGUAUUCCACACAUUUGGAGAGGUGGUUGACCUAUUUUCCCUCUGGACAGAUUCUGAUUGUGGAUGGACAGGAACUCCGACUCAGCCCCUCUGCCAUCAUGGAGAACAUUCAGAAGUUUCUGGGGAUUACACCACUGUUUAACUAUACCCAAGCACUCAAGUUUGAUGAAGCAAAGGGAUUUUGGUGCCAGGUGCUGGAAGGUGGGAAGACAAAGUGCCUGGGGAAGAGUAAAGGAAGAAAAUACCCAGACAUGGAUUCCUCAUCUCGCAUGUUCUUGGCGGACUUUUACCGUGAGCACAACAUGGAACUAUCCAAGAUCCUGAGCAGGUUUGGGCAGCCCCUUCCCACGUGGCUCCGAGAGGAACUCCAGAAUGCCAGCUGGAGUUGAAGGCAAGGGCCCGGCCCAGAGCCCCUGAACAGAUGGAUGCGGGAGGAGGAUGCAGAGACCCACCCACCCACUCGCACACAAACUCCUGCCAUCUUUUCACCAUGAAAGUGAACCAAAGGAUGGAGCAGGGAGAGUGCUGGCCUGAGUACGAACUAUGCACGUUUGAAUAUUGAUGGGUUUGUUAUAUAUGAAAGAUAGAUACUCCAUGAACAAAGUCAUAUGUGGUAUUGUGCUAUCCUGACCCUCCACCCCAGAAUUUGAGGACUGAUCGAAAUAGGCAUGCUUGUGACCUAUAGUUCCCCCACAAGAAGGAAACUCUGUGAACAACAAAAGCAUGCAAAUGUGUAAAAGGCUACUGGGACAUUUCUUACUAAUGUCCAAAACACUCAGGGAGCUAGCAAGUGAAUGUCUUAAUAUUGUAAAUGGAGUGCUCCUUUUUGUGUGGCUCAUAGGACGAUUUUUCCACCGUUGGUAUACAUGGACAGCAGAUUGCAUUUCUCUGAUUGUAGCCAUAAUCAUUCAGUUACUGCUAUCCUUAGGCUGGGGUGGGAGUGGGAAUGAUGCACAAACAGGCAGUAGAAACCUACCUUGUCCUGGAAGAGGUUCUGCCUGUGAUGGAAGCAAAUGAUGAGGGAAGCCUGAUGGUGUUAACAUUCACAGGUUGUAAAAAGGUAGUGUUAACUUUCAACAAAUAGCUGCAAUGGAGAAAGAGGGUUACCUAUGUGCAGUGCAGGUUAUUCUUGGCUAUUUAGUAGUCUCUCGCCAUUAAUGUUUUGACACGGCAUGCAGAUUAUGAUCAGAUCAGAAUCAUUUGGCUCUAGCAAGUCUCCAUCUUGCUCUUGGGAUCAAAUCCUGCCAUUUCCUCUUUGCAACCACUAUCUACGUGAGUGGAAAAUCACAGAAAUCCUGCCCAUUCCUCCAAACAUGCCUUAUAUACAGUGGCAGCUGCUCAAAAUAAGUGCCAGGUUCACUGGGGUUUAUGCAGCAGCUGAUUCAGAUGGAAAGAGGCUGAAGGGCAAUUCCUAAAACUCAGCAUGCCCAUUCUAACAGAGAGAAUAGCGAUUUCAGCCAAGCUUAUAUACAUUGAGCCUUAGUUAUUGUACAGUUGAAUGGUAAUUUACCAUUGUUUGUAAAUAUAUAGUAUGGACUAUAUAAUAUUUCAUCCAAUAUGCCCCCAAACAAAGGGAAGUGUUGUUUAACCAAAAAUGGAACAAACGAACCUAAAACCCUGUGGCUGAAAAGAGAAGCAAGUGCUGUGCUUGCUGCACUGGAUUCAUGUAUAAUGUCAUUCACAUUGAAUGAUAAUAUAUUCUUGGCUCUUGCAGCUGAGCACAAUGUCUAAAUAAAGGUUAGACGUAGCAUUUGGAAUCAAUAAAGGUAUUACUUUA